GGCAUCAGUAAUUAGCGGCCUCCUGCUAAAACAGUCAUGCUGGCAGCUCGUCGCAUCUGCACAUUGCUGUUGGCCGCCGCCUUGGCCGCCGGUCAGCGGCCGGCCGUCAUCUCCAGGAAGGCCAGAUAUUUGCUCUUUCCGCCGGGAAGCAAUAUGGGCAUUGAAGUAGCCCUGUCAGUACCUGUGCGCAAAAGUGUGAACGUGGCCAUGAACAUCGAAGCCAACUACGUCUUGCCCGACAACGUGACGUACUUUUUCCCUGAUCUGGUGCCCGGCCUGGGCCAGGGUCGUUUAGCCGAAAGUUUCGGUAUCACCCGCAGACGGACUUACACGACCAUCAUCACAAUGCUCAACAGAGUCGGUCUGGACGGGCGGUCGUGUCUGUUACGUGCAAUUUGCGAGGCGGCGGAGACACCUCUGCAACACAACGGCCUCUUCGGCGACUUGCUGCACGUCAUUUUCACGCCGUCGAGCUCCAACGACGAGCAGCUGGGUGCCGAUUUCGCCGCGGCUGAGCAGCAGGGCGUCGACGGCGACGACUGCGGGACCCUCUACUCGCAGUGCCCCCGAGGCCUCUUCCAAAUGUUCACGGCGCUUGGUUGAUCGAACUUUUAUGCCAGCGAGUGCCUUUUCUUUAUAUAUGUGAAUUUUUAUACAUGCAUGAGGGUGUGCGAGAGAAAUAAAACUAAGUGAGAGAGUUUUGCUAAAGUGCUUGUAUGCGUCAAUAUAUAUUUCAACAAUAGAAAUCUGUUUUCGUUACGUAAUUUGUUUCAUCCAAUUAAUGGUAAAGUAUUUUUGUUUAUUGCAAACAUUGAAUUUAUCUAUUUACACAAUUAUUUAUUAAGUACACCGUAUUAUGUAAUGAAUGUUUCUUUUAUU